AUGAGUCUACAAACAGGCGCUUCGCUGAUUACGCUGUCACUACUUCUUAACAAAAUUAGCGGUCUCUAUGGCUUGCUCGCACUGCUGACCGGAUACCACCUCUCGCCAGUUCAGCUGUCGAUGUACCUCUACUCCCUCAUCGCACUCGCCAGCACAGUACUGCUCUUCCCGCACAUCCGAAAACAAUCUCCCCUGCAAUGCCUUGCGCUCGCCUGGCUGUAUGUUUUCGACAGCGCGAUCAACGCCGCCUACACCGCGGCUUUCGGCGUGACUUGGUUCUUGGUUAUCGCCCAGCACACGGACGACGACAACAAGAAAGCAUCCGGCCCCGGUAGCGAUACGAUCGGCCAGACUGCUGGAUUCACCGGCUCCGAAUACGACACAUCCAAGACCGCCGCUAGAACCUCCUUCAGCGCGAGGAACGAUCAGUUCGGCAAUGCGGUCUCUCAGCCCGAGAGCUUCCAGAGCAUCUUCUUCAUCUGUGUGCUAUGGACUAUCCGUCUGUACUUCGUCUUUGUGAUGCUAGCGUUUGCUCGCCAAACUCUGCGACUGUACGUUGCUAUGCCUCGUCACACCCAGCUCCCCACCCACAGCCGGAAUACGUCCGUCGCUAGCAUGGCGAGUGUCGCCGACAUCGACCGGGAGCCGUUCUCGCCAUACACCCCCGAAGGCCAGGGAUGGAAGGGAAAACUGGGACGCGCCAUGAUCAGUGUCGGCAGGAACUACUGGCUUGGUGAGGAGGACGAUGGAAACGGCGACUGGGUCAACAUGAGCCACCGCUUCCGCCCUAGCGGACAGGGCAGUGAACUUCCUGGCGCUCUCGAGCGUGAGAGGAGACGUCGAUCGGGAACUGGACCGCCUAAACCAUCUCAGUCUGUCGUGCAAGCCGCCUCUUUGCAGCAGCCCAUUCACGAAUCGCUCCCAAGUCCGGGCUUGACCAUCAAAGUUCAGGAUUGGGACGAGACAAGGUAG